AUGGAUUGGGGCUUUCAGUUGAAUCCAUAUGCCGCUCCUUUCGUUCCUUCCUCCAUGACUGGCUUUGCGGUAGAGAGGCUCAAUCAAACGACUGACUCUGAGAGCAACAAGACUGGUAGAACUGAUGAAAACAAUGAGACUACUCCUGAUAAGUCUGCCGAGUACCAUCUCCCGGACUCGCUUUCUCUGGAUUUCUAUGCUGAGAGCCUUGCAGAGCUCAACGUCUCCGCCAAGUCUUUCUCCAAAGGGGAGGCUGCUGAUAGGGCACUCGAUUCAUCAGAAUAUUUGGGGAGUGAUUUGGAUACUCAUCUCCCGAGUGCGGUGUCAUAUCUUUCCCACAUGUUCCCAAAUGUUUCUGUUGACUUCAUCAUUGAUGCACUGAAGCUCCAGGAGUUUGACGUCGAUCUUACCGUCGAUAUGCUUUCUCACUUGUGUGAAGCUGAUGGUUAUGGUCAUUCUGCUGAAGACAAGCGUCAUUAUCGAGGCAUCCAGAAGUCUCCCAAAGGCGCCUUCGCUGCCAACUUGCAAGAUAAAUGA